AUGGUAAAUAGAAACCAAAAUAUUGAUAAUGUCAUACGACAUAUUCGACAUGAUGAUAUGGCAGCAGAUAACAAUCUGGUAGCCAUGAUCGAAAGGAUUAUGGUUCGAAAUGGGGUAAACUUUGGCCUUCGAAGGCCAAAUUCUACGUCACCUUUGUCGGAAUAUAUCCUGCAGACAGAAACACCCCUUAGAACAAAAAUCCCCAAAUUCACUAAGUUUUCUGGGGAUACUACUGAAUUAACUAUCGAAUAUGUGGCUAGAUACUUAAUAGAGGCAGGAGACAUUUCGAACAAUGAAAACCUUAGGAUAAAAUAUUUCCCAAGUUCUCUCAUAAAGAAUACCUUCACGUGGUUCACCACAUUGCCACAAAAUUCGAUCCAUGCUUGGAAUCAGUUAGAGAGAAUGUUCCAUGAGCAGUUUUACAUGGGGCAAACAAAGAUAAGUCUGAAGGAAUUGUCCACUAUUAAACGAAAAUUCGUGGAUCCAGUUGAUGACUAUCUAAAUAGAUUUCGAUUACUCAAAGCUAGGUGUUUUACACAAUUAGAACGCUUGAAGGAAGAAAAGGAUAGAGCAAAUAAGAAUAAAAGAGUAGCCUACGUCGAAUUCAGUAAUGAUGACGAAUGGUCCUAUAAUGAGCCUUUAGACUUCAACGAAAAUGAGAUCGACCUUGCUAAGUUGAAACAAGGGCCACCUUACGCUUGUAAGGUCUUGGCCCCGUCGAAUGGAAAGAACGCUAUUGAACCAGGAAAGAAUGAUAAAUUUCCUAAGAAAACUUACGCUUUCGAAGUUACAAAAUGUGACGAAAUAUUUGAUUUGUUAGUUAAGGAUGGUCAAAUGAUAGUGUCUUUUGGUGCUAAAGUGUCUCCUUUAGAACAAAGAAAGAAAAUAGGGUUUUACAAGUACCAUAGCUUUUUGGGUCAUAAAACAUCUCAAUGUUUUCUUUUCAGGGAUCUUAUUUAG